CUACCUGAAUCCAGCAUGAGGGUUCGUGAAGCGGGGAGCAACUAUGAAACUACAGUUCCCAGAAUUCAGUGGGCUUGCCGGAACCAUUCCAAAAUGGCCGUCUUUAGCAAAGUUGGUGCAUAUCUUAAAAAUGCCUGGGCCAAGGAACCUGUUAUUGUGGCCUCUUUUGCCAUUGGCAUUGUAGCUGUGAUAGCGCCCUGGGUCAGCCCCUACACUAAGUACAGCGUUAUGAUCAACGAAGCUAUGCCAUACACAUACCCAGUGCCCGUUCGGGAUAAUGGCAACAUGCCCGAUAUUCCCUCCCACCCUUGUGACAAGGAAGGCCCAAGCCUCGAGUGGCUGAAGAACUUCUGAGACCUCGCAAAAGACAUACUGAGCUACAACUGAAGGAUCCACCAAUCCAGCUGGCACCACAUCACUAUCUGCUGUUUUCUUGUAGAUGUGUACCAUUUCCAGAGUGUAAUAAAACUGCUGUUAACUUAAAA